AACAUCAAGAGGCCAUGCCAGAGAGACGUUUAUGUAAUUAAGGUCACACACUCACAUUCACGCUUUCCUUUGAUAGCAACUUGCUAGCUGCAAUGAGUUGAAGUUAAGAUAAGAUAUGUCUCAGAGUCAAUCGGUUCAAUGUCCUUCCUUCAACACUAACCGUUAAUCACUACACCAAAGCACGUUGUUCUGAUGCUUUUCUUUCAUUGUCUUUUCUCCACAUACUGUUCCUUUGCUUCUACUCUCUCACUCUCCGGAAUUUGGUUCUUUGCUGUGAUGUGAAGCCUAUGGUUUGUUCCUUCAUCUUUGUUCUAUGUGCUAUAUUGGGUUGAAUUGAGCUAGUUUGAAUUGUGUGUGCCCAUCUUUUUAAAGAGAACGGUUCAAUGGAAACUGGGUCGAGCUCGAAGUUCUUGGAUAUGAGCAAGGCUAUGGGGGGUGGCACUGGCAAGAAACAUGAUGUUGGUGCUGCCAAAGUUGAGCCCUUUGUGCCAAAGAGUGAUCACAAUCCUAAAGAGUUGAGGUCGUGGGCUAAGAGAACUGGGUUUGUGUCUGAUUAUUCAGGGGAAGCUGGGACUAGUGCCAGUGAAAAGUUUGAUAGUGUUGGGUUUGAUGUGAAGAGUGCUGAUGAUCAGAGAGAAGGAGGGUCCUCUCCCAAGAUAGAGAUUGAUCCGGUGCUGGGAUUGGCGAGGCCUAAUAGGGACAAUGAGAUUGAACCGGUUUUGAGGUCAAAGGAUGAGUGGAAUGGGGCAAUGUGGAGUCAAAACCAGAAGAGGAAGAACAGGGAUGAGCCUGCUUUGGCUUUGGCUGAUCAUGGUGAUAAGAAAGUUGGGUUAAGAGGGAAUGGUGAUGCAAACGGAGUGGUGAAUACGAAUAGGGAUAGUACUAGCCAUGGAGUUUCUGCAGUUGCUCCUCUUCCAGAACAGAAGAAGGAGGAAGGAGUAGCUGAAGAUGUUAAGGUGAAUCUUUUUCCAGAGAGGGAGGAACCUGCUGAUAGAGGUUGGCAGAGAACUUCUGGAUUGAAGUACGGAAUCACAGAAAAUCCGAGUCUCGUACCUCUCAUCUAUUACGGCCUGCAGCACUACCUAUCGUUGGUUGGCUCGCUAGUAUUAAUUCCAUUAAUCAUGGUGCCAACCAUGGGUGGAACAGAUAGCGAUACUGCAAAUGUAAUUUCUACAAUGCUGUUUCUUUCUGGCGUCACAACGAUACUGCAUUCCUACUUUGGCACCAGACUACCUUUAGUUCAAGGAAGCUCCUUCGUGUAUUUAGCACCAGCGUUGGUUAUCAUAAAUGCUGAAGAAUUUCGAAAUCUAACACAACAUAAAUUUAGGCACAUAAUGAGGGAGCUCCAAGGAGCCAUAAUUGUUGGUUCAGUAUUCCAAUGUAUCCUGGGACUUAGUGGUUUAAUGUCUCUUCUUCUCAGGAUCAUCAACCCAAUUGUUGUGGCUCCAACUGUUGCUGCUGUUGGUUUAGCAUUCUUCAGCUAUGGCUUUCCGCAAGCUGGCACUUGCAUGGAAAUUAGUAUUCCGCAGAUAGCACUAGUUCUAAUAUUCACACUGCAUCUUCGAGGAAUAUCUAUCUUUGGACAUCAUUCAUUUCGAAUUUAUGCGGUUCCCUUGAGUGUUACAUUAACUUGGAUAUAUGCGUCGUUUCUAACAGCUGGGGGAGCAUAUAACUACAAAGGAUGCAAUCCCAAAAUCCCAAGUUCAAACAUUCUGACUGAUGCAUGCAGAAAACAUGCUUAUACCAUGAAACAUUGCAGGACUGAUGUAUCCAACGCGUUGUUAACUUCUGCAUGGCUCCGAAUUCCUUACCCUUUGCAAUGGGGUUUCCCGAUUUUCCAUUUUAGGACUUGCAUAAUCAUGGCCGUAGUAUCUCUGGUUGCUUCUGUGAAUUCCGUUGGAACUUAUCAUUCUGCAUCUCUGCGAGUCAAUUUGAGGCCUCCAACUCCAGGAGUCGUGAGUCGAGGAAUUGCAUUGGAGGGUUUGUGUAGUAUAUUGGCUGGUCUUUGGGGUUCGGGAACUGGUUCGACCACCUUGACAGAAAACAUUCACACAAUUGACACAACAAAAGUGGCGAGUCGGAGGGUGGUGGAACUUGGAGCAGUGUUCAUGAUUCUCUUUUCCUUUAUGGGAAAAGUGGGUGCUCUACUUGCUUCCAUUCCUCAGGCCUUGGCUGCUUCUGUGCUAUGUUUCAUCUGGGCUCUUAUAGCAGCUUUGGGGCUUUCAACCUUACAGUCUGGUCAAUGUGCCAGCUUCAGGAACAUGACAAUAGUUGGUGUUUCAUUGUUCCUUGGUCUAUCCAUCCCUUCAUAUUUUCAACAAUACAAGCCUCAAACCAGUCUGAUACUGCCACCUUACCUCGUACCUUACGGGGCUGCAUCUAGUGGACCAUUCCAUUCUGGCAUUCAACAACUUGAUUUUGCAAUCAAUGGUCUUAUGUCCUUAAACAUGGUGGUUACAUUGUUGGUGGCAUUCAUACUGGACAACACUGUCCCAGGAAGUCAACAAGAACGAGGGGUGUAUAUAUGGUCACGACCUGAAGAUAUUGCAACUCAUCCUUCUCUGCUAUCCACAUAUUCUUUGCCAACGAAAAUUGCUAGGUGUUUCGGUUGGGCCAAAUGUUUGGGAGUCUGAAUAUGUGUCUGAGUUCUUCUAUUCGUGGAGCUUAGAAGAUACUGAAGCUCAUGAACAAUGUAUAAACAAAUAUAAUAUAUAUAUAUAUAUAUAUAUAUAUAUAUAUUUGGGCUUUUUUAAAGCAGGGCCAAAUAGGAAACAGUUUAGCACUGAUUAUGACUGUGAAUUAUAGCUAGUUUACACAGGUCAAUAUGUGAUCUGAAAGCAAAUCAGAAGACAAGUUAUUGUUAUACUUGUACAUUUAUACUUUUUUUAAUCAA